UGCACUUGAAGGAAAUGGAAAAUGAAAAGUUCGUUGUUUUUUAUUAAGUUAAAAUAUAAUGUUUGUUUUGAAUUAUGUUGUAAAUAAGUUACAUUAUUUUUAAUUUGACUCUAUUUAUUCAUGGGAAAGUUGGAAACAAGACAAAUGUCUUUUAAUUAAAAAUGUCCAAUUAACGCCUAUAGUGUUACGUACACCUAGGCUCCUAGGAUGUACAAGUUAGUAAAUGUCUUAAGAAAUCCAAUAUAAGGCUAUGAAUGAAACACAGCUUUUAGAAAGAAGCUGUCUUGUUGAGGGCAGCAUCACAAUGUCGGCUACAGAGAAGGAUACCAGUAGACAUUGGAAGGAGUUUGCUUGUGGUGGAGGGUCAGCUUUUUGCAAUAUCCUGAUAAGCUAUCCACUCAAUAAACUUAUAUUUAGACAGAUGAUGCACGGAGUGGAAGCAACAUUAGCAUUAAAUCAAUUGCAAAAAGAGGGAUUAACAUAUUUAUACCGGGGAAUGCUUCCCCCGCUGUUGCAGAGGUCAAUCUCUAUGUCACUUAUGUUUGGUGUGUACGAUGAGUGCCUUCAACCCUUGCUAAAUUACAAAGUCAACCCUUAUGUUGCCAAAUCUAUAGCAGGAGUGGUGGCAGGUUGCUUCGAAGCAACACUUAUGCCAUUCGAGAGACUACAAACUUUACUUAUUCAUCCCAAAUUCCAUAAGGAAUUCAAAAAUACUGCUCAUGCAAGUCGCCAUAUUGCCAAAUAUUAUGGUAUUAAGGAAUUUUAUAGAGGGCUUGUGCCAAUUCUCAUCAGGAAUGGACCUUCCAAUGCCUUGUUCUUUAUCAUUAGAGAUGAAGUACAAUUGAGGAUGCCGAAACAAGAGUAUAUUGUGUAUGAAAGUCUACAAAAUUUCUUAGCUGGAGCUUCGAUUGGUGCAUUCCUUAGUACAUUGUUUUAUCCCUUGAAUGUUAUAAAAAUAGCAAUGCAAUGUGAACUAGGUGGUCCGCAUCGAACUAUUAUAUACGAGUUCAAAUAUAUUCUACAUAAGAGAGGAUCAAAAUUUGCCAAUUUCUAUCAUGUUUCAGAGCGCCCUGCAUAUCGUGAAGACUUUAGGUUUGAAAAAGCUUUCAAUUCCUUCUACAAACUUCACUCAGCGGCGAGCUGGAGCAACGCCCGUAUCCGUUGUGAGGCGGAAGGUUCCCACCUCAUGGUGCCAGACACCCUUGACGAAGCUGACGCGAUGCCUCUCCUCAUUGCCUCCGCACUUACCAAUUAUCAAGGUGUCUACGUCGGUAUACACGACUUUUACACCGAAAGAUAUUUUGUUACAAUAAAAGGUUUCAAGUUGCGGGAUUCCAUUUUGGAUUUACUAUGGGAAUCGGAACAACCCGUGCACGGUGGUGGCAGAUGUGUUGCAAUGCGAAGAAAUGGGAGAUUCUACGUGAACCCUUGCACGAAUCGACUACCGUUUAUAUGUAAAACAAAGGCGAAUCGUGUCUCUUACUAUCAAGAAUGUGAUACGUUUGAUUCACGUUGGAAAUUGGGUAACAACGGUUCGUGCUAUAUAACCCAUGCGGAGCCGCAGACGUGGCACGAGGCGCACGGCACCUGUCUCUCCGCAGGCGGCUACCUCGCCAUACUCGACAGUAGAGAUGAGGCCGAAUACAUACGGGAGCAAUUCAAAGAAGUAGACCAGGUCAAGACACCUGGUGACUACGCAUUCUUGGGAUUCAGCGAUCUCUUCCAAGCCUAUCACUAUAGAACUGUUCACGGAAAGCCACUGAACCGUUUCUUAGACUGGGACUUGAAAUGCCCUCAGUCAAAUGAAGCAGAGACCAACGCAGACCGGUGUGGCGGCAUUCGACGCAGCGGUCUACUCGCUACAGCUGACUGUACAGUUCCCGCUAUUUUCUUUUGUGAAAAACCCGCCAAAGGCACAUAUCAAUUUAAGAGUCUGCGCUAUAAUCCUUCGCAUAAGCAUCAUAAGCAUAUUAAAAAAGAAAUUAAAUGGUUAUAUGAUUAG